GUCCCCAGCUCUGGCAGAGGGAGGAGGGGUAGUGUCCCAGCCUAGCCCACAACAAAAAACGGAAUUUCAUUGACUGUGUAUUGAGAGAGACACGUUUUACUGGGAGCUGCUAUACGUUGUAUCCAUCCCCCACCUUGUGACAUUGUAUCCUGCUCAAUGAGAGACAGCCAGCCAGCCAGCAGACAGACAGCACAGACCGUCCCUCUCUGCAGCACCCAAGGAGACCUGCACCAGCUGGUGAGCAAUUCUCACUAUUGCAACUUAGUAACCCUUUCUGUCAGCACCUGCAAGGCUCCCUCACUGGCUGUGAGAUUUAUUAAAACCACAACAAAGCUACAACAGUAUCAUCACUAGUGGGAAAGUGACAAGAGCCAUCUCCUGGAGGAAGAAUGGAGACAAUUAGCAUGUCAGUGCUGAAGAAAGCGAAUGAACUGGAGCAGAUGACAGAGAUUCUGAUCAUUGGCGAACAGUUAAGGUUCAGGCUGCACGAGGAAAGAGUUAUUAAAGAUAGACGAUACCAUCUGAAGACUUAUCCAAAUUGUUUUGUGGCCAGGGAAGUACUUCAUUGGCUCAUCGACCGCAAAGAGGCCUCCGACAGGGAGAUUGCAAUCAAACUUAUGCAAAAACUGAUUGAUACGAGCAUCAUUCAUCAUGUGGUUAAUGAGACGGAGGAAUUUAAAGAUGGCAAGGGUUUUUACCGCUUCAGAAAGGAUGAUGGGACGUUUCCUCUGGAUCAGGAAGUAAAGGUUUUCAUGCGAGGACAGCGCAUAUAUGAAAAGAUAAUGAACACUGAAAACGCACUGCUGCAAGCGAGAGAAGAGGAUGGUACUAAGUACGAGCGCACUUUUGUUGCUUCUCAGUUUGUUGACUGGUUGAUGCUGGAACAAGAGGCCAAGUCAAGAACUGAAGCAGUGCAGCUGUGUCGCCGGCUGUUGGAGCACGCAGUAAUCCAGCAUGUGGCCGGAAAGUACCACUUUGUAGACAGUUGCCUUCUGUUCCAGUUCCGGCUGAACUUUAGGAGAAGGCGAAGACUCAUGGAACUUCUCAGUGAAAAACCCCAGGCUGUGCUAGAGAGUCAUGACAGCCCCUUCUGUCUACGCAAGCAAAGCCAUGACAAGGCCACCAGUUUCCAGUCAGUGAGCCCCACCAAUGAGGUGAAGACUGUGUCAUCAGUCAGGAGGAGUAGUCUGAGCAGCAACAGCAGCCUUGGUUAUUUCCAUAAUGUCCCGAUUAGCAGCAUUAACCCAUACAUGCCAUUAAGCAAUCCUCGGUCAGUCUUGAAGAGACCUGUUACUUUGGAUGAGCUUCUGGCCCCAGGAGCACCUUACAUCAGGAAGACUCUGACUAUUGUCAGCGAUGCGGUGGGAUGGGGGUUUGUGGUUCGUGGAGAAAAACCUUGUCACAUACAAGCAGUAGAUCCAAGUGGCCCGGCGGCUGCAGCUGGAGUGAAGUUACGCCAGUUCGUGGUAUCUGUGAAUGGGGUUAAUGUUCUCCAUGAACACUUCAGAAAAGUGAGCAGCAGCAUCCUAAACGGUCCACGAACUAUUGUUAUGGAAGUGAUGGAAGAAACCAAAUCCUAAAAUGUGACGGAGCACAAGGUGAACCAAAUGGAACCAAAGUUAAACAGAGGAACUUGUCGUUCUACAUAACCAGCUCCGUCCAAACUAGCUGUUAUCUUCUUUUUUUUUUUUUGUACUUUGGCUCCGAGCCUUGUAGCAAACUUUUAGCAGCUACAGUGACGAAACUUGAAAACAACCCUAUUUGCCAUAAUUGUCUUUUACAAUGAAUAAGCUGUGCUCAAAUUCUUUAUGUACUGUAUUUCUAAACAUUUAAAUAUAUAAAUAUAUAUGUGUGUGUGUGUGUACGUGUAACAAAUAUGUAGUGUUCACUUAAUGAAGACUGUUUGGAAGUGUUUAAAAAGUGCCAUUACAGAGUCACGAUGAUAUUAGUUUGUGAAACAAUGUUGCUUGUUAAUGAUUGUAUGUAUGAGGACAUUUUCAAUGCAAAAAGUGAAUCUUCUGUUAAAUUCACUACAAACAGAAACUGGGUCAAGAGUGAAGACUGAGCGAAUUAGAAAAGGCAAAGAAAAUACUUGAAUCAAAAUCCUACACAAAUGAUUGUAUUGUAGCAUUGAUUUGCAAUAUCUGGAACGCACAGUUUUAUACAUAAAGGGAAGCAUUCUAAUCUUAGUACAAGUUGCAUAGAACUGUUUAUCGGUACAUUUCGUUAACCGGUUUAGAUAGUAAAAUGUGUAGGGAUUAAACUUUAACUUGUUUUAAACCAUGGUUGUCUAAGCUUGGUCUUCCAGCUGUCUUAGCAGUAGAAUUAUGGGUGAUAGAGUCUCUUCUACAAGCUCAAAGUUGGUUGGCAUUGAGGGUGACAGACAGCCAUGUUAAAGUAAGUGAAUGAUUCUUGGUAGUGGUUUUUAAUUCUUUUUUUAUUUUACUGCCAAUAUAGAUUGUGUACCUUUUUAUUCUGCACUGUGUUAUAUAUCAAAAAAUAUUUUGGCUGCAGAACCAGUGCAGGAAUAAUUGUUUUCUAGAUUUAAAAAAAAAAAAAAAAAAAAAAAAAGUGAAGCUCGUAUAUCGCCUGUUGUUUUUGUCAAGAUUUGAUGUAGUUCUCAAGUCCACAUUUGCAGCUGUCAGACUUUAAAUAUAUUUCUCCUAUUAUGGAUCCAGUUGUGAUACAGAAGCCAGAAGAAUGUAUAGUCUACAUGUUGCCAAAACGACAUAUAACAUUUCUGAUAAAACGUGCCAGUGAGAUAUAUUGGGGACUGGGGGGUUUUAACGCUAAUGUGUAUCAAGGAAGGAACAGAUGCAAAAUGUUUUACUCAAAUCAGGAAUUUUUAAAUGUGUUUAAGGAUAAGCAGAGAUAUGCCUUUAUUAAAAAAAAAAAUAAACAUUUAUCACCUUA